ACGUACCCAGGUAGCGGAAGUGGGCGGCUGAAGUAAUUGAUUGGUGGCUGGAAUGAAAGGUGGGGGCCCUUUAGUGGAUGGCCGUCGUCAUCUUGUCUGGGGAAAUCGACCUGCCGAAGUACUUAGCAACAAGAACUUCGUCCGUUUCAACUUUCAAGUUGCAACACAAACUUCCUUCAAUACAUAAUGUCAUUCGGUUUCCGAUUCGUACCGCCACCCCCUUCGAAUGUAUCCGUCACUCGUUGAUCAACAAUAGAUUACGUCCCUAUCCUUGCGAAUAAGCUAGCAUGCUAUCGCACGACAAUUCUUCGUAGUUGUUCGUUCGCAUCCAACCUCGAGUAAUUUCCAUUUUCCAAUGGGAGCCGCCGACUGCUCAGAUGAUUUGUGUACGGCGUCGGGCCUAGCCACGCCCUCGGCCUUGUCGACAACGAUAUCUCUCGCUCCUUUCAUAAUCACAUUUGUGGCUGUAUCCAUUUUGGUCUCGCAAAAGAUCUUCCCAUAUCUGGCCCGAGUCCAGAAUUCGCGCGAUGGCGAAGACCACUUCCUCCCUUCCGAUGCCCCUCCUGCACUUCAACAAGCCCAUGCCGAGCAUGGUGCAAAAUCCUUACGAAGACGAGUAGCAGAGAUCGCUUUUUCUACGACAGUUGGGUUAGCAGUUGUCUUGGGCGAAUUGAUUUUGUGUGAAAUAUCCGAAUUAGUUAAUCCAUAUGCGCGGGCGCUGGCUCUGAGAGUCACUGUUCCGACCCUUUUGUUCCUCCUCAUCGUUCUAAUUCCCUUUCUCGAAUUCCAAUCCUUGAUUUCUCGCUCAGGAUGGUCUUUUCAGCGUACAUCCAAGGGACAUAUACCUAGGGCUGCUUGGAUACUUCAAUUUGUGGUGUUUGGCAUUUGGUUAUUCGCUUUUUGGUCGCUUGGAAAUCUUGUCCCAGUAGGAAGCGAGGCGGUGCGACCCAGUGCUAAGAUGGAAAGAGUGCGAGUCGAACCUGAAUUCUCAGCUAGCCUAGCACGCGCUUGCCUUGAGCGACUUGGUGUUGUUGGGAUUUCACUUAUGGCCUUGUUGUCUGGUUUCGCCUCGGUUUCGUCGCCGUGGCAUACAUUUGGCAGCCGCGCAUCUCGACGCCCUGUCACAGAGGCGGAUGUUGCUCGCAAGCAAGCAGGCCUUGACGCAACAAACGAGAUGUUACUUUCAAAACGACACCGCCUACAAAGCUUACUACGUAAAGUAGCUGAGACUUCCCCAGGAGAUAAACGCGGGUUCGUCACAAAGGUCAUUGGCUCCAUUCGUGGUGGGGGUGAUGCCGCGGAAAUUCGCACAUUACGUCUUGAAAUUGCUGGUCUCGAAGCUAUGGAGGCAAAUCUGUCUUCAUCAUUGUCUAUGCUGCGAUCUCGGCAAGCCAAUUCAGCCCGUGCUGCGACGUUUUCUGGAAAACUUCUGCUUAUGCCCACUUACGUAUUCAGCGUGUAUUGUGUCUACCGCAUUAUAGCGACCACCCUGACUACUUUGCGACGUCUCUAUUAUCCAACAGCUUCAUUUUCCUCCUCGGAUCCCAUCAAUCGAUUCCUAGGUCUCUUAGCCAAACACUGGGAUCCAAAACUUGACCAAAUCGCUUGGGCUAGGCAAAUUUCGUUUUUAUUAUCCGGUGUCAUUCUUGCAGCAAGCGCGAGAAGUGCAAUUCAAACAUUCCAUCUUUUCGCCAAGUGGACUCCCGGACUCUUAUACCAAGCCCAGGCGAAUUUAGCUCUUCUAAUCGGGCAGAUCAGCGCUAUUUACGUGAUCUCUGCCGCACUACUUUUGCGAAGUAAUCUUCCUAAGGACGUAGGAAGUGCGGUAGGCGAUGCCCUUGAAAGUGCUCUGGAGCCGGGUUUUGUGGAUAGAUGGUUUGAAGGUUGGUUCCUGCUAGCAAGCAUAGCAACAGCAGGAGGUAUCUGGCUAGGCGGGAAGAUCAACGAGUGGAGUGAGGGUGAAUGGGACGAUAUUGGCAUGGAAGAGAUGGGUCAGAAACGAUCAUAACAUACAACAAACUUACAUCAAUGACACAAGUUAUCAAUACUCUCAGGCCAUUGAACGACUACAUCGUGGCAAUAACACAACAGUGACGAAGAAUAUACGACAUAGUGUCGGUCUAGAAUAUCAAUACUGGGUUUAAAAAGACAACGCAUCCUGAUGGCGAAGAUACAAGCCACCC